AUGCAUCAGCAAGAAGUGGUGAAAAUAAGACAAUCAAGUUUUCUAAAGGCAGUGAAUCUAUCGUUUUAUUUCGUCGCCUCGAAGAUAGUAUUGUUCGCCUGUUUUAUCACUUUUGUAUAUCUCAAUGAAAGACUUACCGCCGAAGCGGUGUUCGUGACAAUGGCUUACUUCAACACAAUGCGCAUAACUGUCACCAAACAGUUCCCGCAGGGAAUCGCCACCACAGCUGAACUAAUGGUCACUUGUAAAAGGAUUAAAACAUUUUUAUUGCUCGAAGAAAUUGAUAAUCAAAUUACCGACGGAUCGAGUGAUGACUUGAAUGGCAAUAAAAAAGCAGACAUUAGUAGAGGAUAUGAAAAGUCAAAUAAAGACGACGAAGAAAAAGGCAUUUUUGUUGACAGAAUGACUGCCCGUUGGAGUAAUGAAACACCUGAACCAACACUGCAUGAGAUAAGCGCUGUGAUUAAAUCGGGAGAUGAUUGGAUCCGUUGGCAGUGGAAAGUUACAACUUACUCAACUGAUAUCUCAGCCCUGCUGACGCUCACAGCCCAGCCCACAGCAUGCGCGGCGUCCUCAGCACCCGAAAGUACAGAUUCUCUCUUAUAUCUGUUUGGCAGUGAAUUCUGUGAACACAAAUACAAACGAGUGGUCGAUGUGUGCGCUCUCGACAGGGAUUUCAAACUCUUUCCUUUUGGCGACAAAACUCUGGUCGGAGAGAGAGGGGUGUCGUUAAGCGGCGGACAAAAGGCCAGAAUCACCCCGGGCUUAGUGGUCGAUGUGUGCGCUCUCGACAGGGAUUUCAAACUCUUUCCUUUUGGCGACAAAACUCUGGUCGGAGAGAGAGGGGUGUCGUUAAGCGGCGGACAAAAGGCCAGAAUCACGUUAGCCCGGGCUUUGUAUCGCGAGGCGGAUGUCUAUCUCCUGGACGACCCCCUGUCCGCUGUGGACGCGUCGGUCGCCAAACAUAUAUUUCAAAAAUGUAUUGUUGAGUACCUCAAAGAUAAGGCCCGAGUAUUAGUCACACAUCAGAUCCAGUUCUUGAGAGACGCGCAUAAGAUUCUGGUCCUAAAAGAAGGCAAAUGUAUAGCAUUUGGAAGUUAUGAAGAAUUGAAGGCAAAAGGCAUUAAUUUCAUGUCUUUCGUGACCGACACUAAAUACAAGAAAAACACGACAACCGAUAAGACAGACACUAACACAGCCUUUAGACAUAUGAAUCGGUCCGUCUCUAUCAGCCCCUCCAUCACCAGCAGUAUUGGCGGCCAUUCAGACGCUCCGAUCGAUGAAAUCAAAGCAAUGGAUGUUUUGGCCGAAGACGAGCCCAAAGUGAAAGAGGAGACCAAAGAGAUUGGAUCUAUUAGUGGAGGUGUUUAUUGCGAAUACAUUAAGGCCGGCGCCGGACCUAUACUUAUGACCGUUACGUUGGUAUCAAUGGUUGUCUCUCAGUGUCUCUAUCAGGGAAGCGAUUACUGGUUAACUCAAUGGUAUGACAAUUGCAAUCAUGUGUUGACCAACGAAUUGGACAAACCGGGCGGUCAUGUGAACCAAAACAUGAAUGUCUUGAUCUACUCGUGUCUAAUCGGAGCCCUAUUCCUGACAGCGUUGGCCAGAAGUACCUCAUUCUUCGUGAUGUGUAUGCGAUCGUCGGUUAAUCUUCACAACAGAAUAUUCUACUCCCUAUUGAGAGCACCCAUACAUGUGUUUGACAGCUCACCAGUCGGCCGAAUUUUAAACCGAUUUACUAAAGACACGGGUAUUGUCGACGAAGCCCUGCCCUCAACGGCAUAUGACUUACAAAUGACAAUUUCAAACGCUAUGGGAAUACUAGUGAUGAAUGCGAUCGUCAAUUGGUUUCUCAUAUUUCCGGCACUAUUUCUGAUAUGCGUUGUGUUUAUCGCCAGAUAUUUCUACAUCAGAUCCGCGAGAGAUAUCAAACGUCUGGAGGGAUUGUGUAUGAAAUCCAUGACCCGGAGUCCACUGUAUUCGCACGUAAGCACAACACUGACGGGUCUGUCGACUGUCCGGGCGUUUGGCACCGAAUCGCUGUUUGAGCGACAGUUUGAUCGCUUCCAGAACGACAACAGCGCCUCAUUCUUCAUGUAUGUCUGCACUUCCAGAGGCUUUGGUAUACUUAUGGACUGGAUUUGCAUCAUGUAUAUCAGUUGUGUCGUCACAUUCAUUAUGGUUUAUCAGGGUCUUCCCGGCGGAGACGCCGGUCUUAUACUAUCACAAGUAAUUGAAUUGAAAACUCAUUUCCCGAUUACAACAGCACUAAUGUUGACGGGAAUGACUCAAUGGGGUGUCCGCUGUUCGGCGGACGUCGAGUCCUAUAUGACAGCAGUCGAGCGAAUGCUUGAGUACUCGCGUAUCGCACCGGAGGCUGAGCUCGAGUCGGCGCCCGACUGUCGACCGCCAACCGAUUGGCCCCAAACCGGAGCCAUUAGUUUUGUCGAUAUGAGCCUACAGUACAACGAGUCGCCGAAACCAGUGCUCCGGGGAAUCAAUUGCCGCAUAAAAGGGGGCGAAAAGGUGGGAGUCGUGGGCCGGACGGGCGCCGGCAAGUCGUCGAUCAUCGCAGCCCUAUUCCGGAUGACAGAACCGGACGGCGCUGUACUCAUAGACGGCGUGAACACCAAAUCGCUGGGUUUGCAUGACUUGCGUCGAGUCAUAUCCAUCAUACCUCAGGAUCCGGUCAUUUUCACGGGUUCUGUGCGCAAGAAUUUGGAUCCGUUUGACGAACACUCGGACGACAAACUCUGGUCGGCGAUAGAAGAGGUGCGGCUGAAAGAGCUGGUGACACAACUGCCCGCACAUCUCGACGGUAUGGUCACCGAAGGGGGCAGUAAUUUCAGCGCAGGUCAGCGCCAAUUGGUGUGUUUGGCCAGAGCUAUACUGCGGGACAAUCGGGUACUGGUGUUGGACGAGGCGACCGCUAAUGUGGACCACAAAACCGAUUCAUUGAUUCAAAACACAAUUCGCCAUAAAUUCAAUGAUUGCACUGUUAUUACAAUCGCUCACAGACUCAACACAAUCAUCGAUUCCGAUAAAGUUAUCGUUUUAGACGCGGGAGAGAUCGCAGAGAUGGGAGUGCCGUACGAACUGUUGGCCAAUAGUGAGGGUGUGUUCACUAAACUGGUCCGACAGAGCGGGAAGAAUAUGGCACUCAAGUUGACACAAAUGGCCAAAGAAUACUAUGAAUACAAAUCCGGUGUUAAUCUUAUGGAAACCGACUGCGAGUCCAACUCAACCACAAGUGAUCCACAAUUGCUAUAA